AUGAGCUCUGGCAACGCCUUUACACUUCCGCCUAUCAACGCAGGAGAUGUGUUCACCUGCCAAGGAAAAGGCCUCCUGUACGAGAAUGUUGCUCGCGUACCUAUUGAGGAGCUACGAGAGCUUUUAUCCAGUGGCUCAGGCCAGACGCUCGCGGGGGACAGGAAAGAAUCGAAGAAGUGGUUCCAGGCUCAAUGUGCGCACUACGGGUUACCCACUAAAGGAAUCAUAGCAAACCUACGGUCUCAGCUUAACACUUUCGUCACUUCCCCUACUGCUAGCGUUCCGGAAGAGAUCGUAAGGCUUGAGUCUGACAAGAACAGCGAGUACAAGGCAUUGAGCGAGCAGAUCAAAUCAAUUACAAGUCGAGCGCGAAGCCCAACACCUGGACGAACAAGACGUGUAACCAUGGCUAGCCCCACCAUACCACCUUCCCAAGAAUUAUUAUCUACCAAUGCGCCUAGAUCGAGAACGAUUAGUGCGCGCCCGUCGUCCGCAGCUCAUACGCCAGAUGCUGAGCCGGAAACACAGCCCCACCCAGUGAAACGAGGUCGGGGUAGACCGCGAAAAUCAGAACCCACGCCCGCGACCGAUCAUCCAAACACGGCAGAGAUCUCGCCUGCUACACCUAAGCCCGACAAGGGGAAAGGCGCUGCUGUCUCAGCUGGUUCUCAUCCACCUUCUCGGCCUCAACCACUCUCACAAGCCGACUCUGCUAUCUCGACUUAUUCGGAACUCGAUGACGAAGUUAUGGACGUAUUGGAUGAUAUCGAGGAAGGGCUCGAAUUUAUGGAGAAAGAUCAGGACGGAGAUAGUCAAAUGAAUCCCCGAUCGUCACCUCCCAGGCCACCUGUUUCGUUCCCUGAGCCUAUAACUCCACGCCGCACGCAGCCGGCUAGUGCAUCUUCCCCCCACAUAAACUCCCCUCGAUCUAUGCUGGAGCGUGAUGUCGUGUCGGGUACAUGGUCUUUGCGCAUAGUCAGUGCCUCAAGACAACCUCUCCCUGAUGGGCAACAAGCAACUGAUCCCAAGGGAACAAUGAAUUUGCAUCUUGCAGGGGACAAGCGUUCUUUGACCGGAGAAUUUGGCCUACUAGGUAUGGACGGCGUCCUGCAGAGUAGAACUCUUGAGGGUCGAAUUGACGGAGCCUAUGCGCGUUUGCUGUUCGUUGGGCAAAUGGCUGAUGGCGAUAGUCAAACCUCGAACAAGGUCUAUGGUCCUUCUCCAUCUCAAUCUGGAUACUUGAGAUUCAGCGAUGGUCGAAAAUCCAAUGAUGGAAAAUUUACCCUCAAGGGUGCGUUACAAGGGGGCAGUUUUGGUCAAGUUGACUUUGAGGGAGUAAGGGAGGGCGAAGAACAAUCGCUGUGUGUUGCUUGGGAUGAUUUUAUCGAUUGA